GCUGCUCUUCUCUUCAAAGCCGAGGAAAGUCAGGGGCUCAUGUGUCAACAUCCAGGGUUUCCCCGGGGAGGAAUAGCAUUAGCGUUAUUCCAAAUAAAGAAAAGCAAAACAAAACUCAAAAACGCCUGAUGUUGCUUUGAAGAACCUUUUAUUUUUGUUAACAAAUUACUCCUCGGAAGUAUCGGGGUUUUUUUUUACUUCAAAGACUAGAAGACGACCUAAGGCUCCUGCUGCUUUGACGUUAGCUAACGUUAUUUUAAAGGAUGACAGAGUACAAAGUGCGAAUAGCGUCUCCAGUCAUUUAAUAACAUCUGGGGAAACGUUAGCUUAGCCAGCUAGCCUGGUAGUUCGAUUAGACAGAGGAAAGGCGGCGAAACACACUGCUGACAUGAUGUUUCCUCAAUCGAGGCACUCGGCAUCCUCUCAGUCCAGCCAACCUCUCAAGUUCACCACCUCUGAUUCCUGUGACCGCAUCAAGGACGAGUUCCAGUUCCUCCAAGCACAGUACCACAGUUUGAAGCUGGAGUGCGAUAAGCUGGCUUCUGAAAAGUCAGAGAUGCAGCGUCACUAUAUCAUGUACUAUGAAAUGUCCUACGGGCUGAACAUUGAAAUGCACAAACAGGCUGAAAUAGUGAAGAGACUAAAUGGGAUCUGUGCUCAGGUGCUGCCUUACCUGUCACAGGAGCAUCAACAACAAGUCAUGGGCGCUAUUGAAAGAGCCAAGCAGGUCACACCUCCUGAGAUGAACUCCAUCAUACGUCAACAGCUUCAGGUGCAACACCUGUCCCAGCUUCAGGGCCUGGCUUUGCCAGUAGCCCCGCUUCCCCUGGGCCUCACCCCACCCACUCUGCCCGCCGUCUCCUCCAGCUCCGGCCUGCUGUCCCUCUCCUCCAUCCUGGCCAACUACUCCCACGGCCAGCCCCCGGUAGCGAAGGAGGACAAGGCCAGAGAUGUCGCAGAGAGAGCACCUAGAGGGGACGAUGGAGACAAGUCAGACUAGUGCAGAAAGAGCGAGGAGGUUUGGAGAGGGAUGGUAUGGGGUGUAAUAAAUGUCACAAAAAAAGGAAAGGGUGUCUGGAGGCCUGUCUACUGAGUGUCAAUGUAGAAGAGUAAUUGCAAGGAUGAUUAGCAAAAGGACCGAGCUUAAACUUUUGUAAGUGCUGAAGAUGAAACUCCUGAAUGGCUGAGAGUAAAUGUUCUUAUUAUUUAGUGGUAAUAGACUUGGUUCAGGCUUCUAGACUUUAAUAGAUGUGUGGGGUUUUUAAAAAAAAAAAAAAUUUUUGUUCAAGCCACUGUUGUUAGGCUUAAAUCAAGAUAAAUGUUUUCCCAUUUGGAGAGAGAGCUAAGAAGGAAACACAAUAGCAGUACCCUGGUAGAUAACCGUCAGAUUUAUUUUCUCUUCCAUCUUUUUGUUAUCAGAUCUGUUUAGUGUUUAUUUCCACGUCCUCUGUAGUCCCUCUGAUUGAGUCUCAAUGCAGUCUGCCAGUCAUAAAAAGCAGUUUUAACAACUCCACUCCCCACAUACUGCUUCACUGUUGCUCACGACUUGCUAAAAUGAAAUCAUCUUUUUCCAAAACGUUAACUGGAGCAGUUUUGUCAGUAAUUCCAUUAAUUUACUCUGUUAAGUGUUAUGUUCUUCAUUAUUCCCAACCGGUGGAUGCAUUACCAGAGCUGUGUGCGCAUUAGUCCCACAUAAAUCAAGUUGUGUUUUUUUUUUAAUUUCAGAAAGAUCGUUAGUUUGUACAAAUGGUAAAGUAGCCAACUUGGAAGUUAAUAUUUAGUAGGUAGGCCUAGCUGCCCCUGUGAGCUCCACAUGGGAUGUGGACCAUUGACAUAAGAUCAUGGACCCCGCGUCUUUAAAUGAUAAGAAUAGAUGCUCU